AACGCGAUAUGUCCACCACCUCGCCUACCUCGCCGACCUCAUCCACCUCAACUUCGACCUUCGCCUCAAGCCCAACCCUCUCACCCGACAACCUGAAAAGACAACCUCAACCGUCCGCGUCUACAAACCAAGUUCCUACUGUGGGCUCGCUGAAGAACUUCAAACGCUCGGUCUCGUACAACAUCCACACAUCCGUCCCUGAAGAGGACGCACACGCGCACGCGCACACCACCUCGCCCACUGGAUGGACGCUUGACGAAGCCGGCUGCAACCAGAUGAUGAAAGCGUCGCUAACCGGUCUGCUUAACUGCCAGGAAGUCAAGAGCGGCGCGCGCGAGCGCACCGUGCAGAACAUGCUUAUGAAUACCGAAAGGGAUCUCCGACGCGCGCGAAGAGCCAGUUUGAGGACUGGGGCGUUGAGUGCAAAGAGAAGCACGAACGCGAGUCCAGAUCUAGCUGUCAGAUCCAAUAAAGGCUCUCUAGAUGGGCCGAAGGGGGAUAAGUGA